CUUUUUUAAAAAAUUGAUUUCUUCUCCCCUUUUCCCCGCAGUUCGGCUUCGUCGUGAACGUCUCUCUCGACUCUGCAGCUCCGUCAGCGCAGGUUUCCCCGGAAGGCUCCAGCACCACCUUAAAAUUCUCCUCUGUGAACAGACAUGUCUGUCAAAGUCGCCGUGGUAACGGGCAGCAACAAGGGCAUCGGCCUGGCCAUCGUCCGGGCGCUCUGCAAGCAGUACCAAGGAGACGUCUACAUCACCGCCAGAGACGUCGGCCGCGGUCAGGAAGCCGUGGAGUCUCUGGCCUCCGAGGGGCUGAAGCCAAAGUUCCACCAGCUGGACAUCAACGACCUGAAGAGCAUCAGUGCCGCUGCUGCUUACUUCAAAGAGAAGUACGGAGGGGUGGACGUCCUCGUGAACAACGCCGGGAUCGCCUUCAAAGGGGCGGACACCACCCCGUUUGCGGUGCAGGCGGAGGUGACCCUGAAGACCAACUUCUUCGCCACCAAAGACAUGUUGACCCACUUCCUCCCUCUCAUCAAAGCCGGAGGGCGCGUGGUGAACGUCUCCAGCUUCGUCGGCGCCCGCACGUUGAACAACUGCGACGCGGCGCUGCAGCAGCGCUUCCGCAGCGAGGACAUCACCGAGGAGGAGCUGACGGGACUGAUGGAGCAGUUCGUCGCUCAGGCCAAGAAGGGCGAGCACAAGAAAGGCGGCUGGCCCGACACGGCCUACGGGACGUCCAAGACCGGACUCACGGUCCUGUCCAUGAUCCAUGCUCGCCGUGUGUCCAAAGAGAGACCGAGCGACGGGAUCCUGGUGAACGCCUGCUGCCCCGGUUGGGUGCGCACCGACAUGGCCGGCGACAAGGCCCCCAAGUCCCCGGACGAGGGCGCCAUCACCCCCGUGUACCUGGCCCUGCUGCCGCCCGGAGCCACGCAGCCUCACGGCAAGUUCGUCUCCGAUAAAGAGGUGCAGCCGUGGUGAAAGGAGGCGAGUCCACCGUCCCGUCGCCACGGGAUACGUGGCGUUGCCUCGGCAUGCUGUGUGUAUUUGGGGGGGGUGUGUGUGUUUGACUUAGUAACCACACCGCAUCGCAUCAAUGCCUUUGCUAAAAUAAACAUGAAACAACAUGAAAUAUUUUGUUUUUUUUACAUGUAAAAGGGAAAUCUUUUGCUUAAAUGUCGUGAUGUCAAAGAAAAUGAAAUGAUUUCAUAUGAAAAACAAAUAAAAAGAUAUUUUCCCAAA